AUGCAAGGCUUAUAGAUGUCUGAAAAUUAUAAUGAAUUUAAGUGCAUAGAAAAACAUGAUUAAGCAGUAACUGCGAUUUUGAUUGAUAGACGGCGCAACAAUAAUGAGAGGUUUUUAUGUAAAGAAUGUUUGGAUAAUUAACUUUAAGUAUUUGAGAGCAUAAGCAUAGUUGCUAUGUAAAAGAUCAUUGAAGAUAAAUAAAUGAAAAGGAGAGCUAUGAUAAACGAUAUUGCAGAUUAGUACAUUUAAAUAAUAUAAUAAUACAAUCUCAAUCUAGAAAAUUUAAAGACUAAAUUGACAUCAUCUAUUGAAAUGAUGAUAAAUAAUACUUAAAUUUGGAUGAGAGAAUUGAAUUAAAAAAAAGAAGAUUCUCGUAUUUAUAGCUUCUGCAAUGAAUUAGAGGAUUAUAUUAGGAGUACAAAACAAUAUAUGCAUUCUUUCUAGUUUGAUUUUUUUGAUAAAAUUAAUUUCUCAUAGUUAAAUAAGUUGAAAACUGGAAUUAAAUAAUUAAUUGAUGCACAUUAUACACAUCAAUACAAAGAAUUGUUUUAAAAACUGAGAGAUAUUAACGAUGAAAGAAAACAAUUAGAAAAAUAAGAAUGGUAACUUUCAAAGGAUGGUAAAAUUAACUUGAACUAAAUAAGCAACCCUAUUAAAUAAAAUCAAAAUUGUUCAGCUUUGGCAUUUAAUUCUACAGGAAAUAUAUUAGUUACAAGCAAUGAUAGAGAAAUAAUGAUUUGGAAUUUUAAUAAAGGUCUUAUGAGUUUUGGUUAAAAAUUACAAUUAUCAAAUAUCAUUAAUUGUUUAAUAUUUAGUAAAUAAUCGAAUAUUUUUAUUUCUGGUUGCAUUGAAAUAAUUUGUUGGAAAGAAAAAUCAAUGAAUUUUUGGGAAAAGUCAUUAUCAUAUAAGGAACAAAAAGAAAAAAUUGAGAAAGAAAAUAAGCAUCAUGAAAUUACCUGUUUAGUACUGAAUUCCAAGGAAGAUUAAAUCAUAUAUGGGAGCAGGAGCUAGAUUAUUAAUAUUUUGGCUCUAGACCUCAGAUAAAAUAAGUUAGAAUUUUUAUAUUUAAUCAAAAUGAGUGAGGGUGGGUGGGUCUCUUCAUUGAGUCUAAAUCAUUCAGAAAAUCUACUAUUAUCCUGUGGAUACGGAGAUAAAAUAAUGAUGUGGAAACAGUCAAAGGAAAAUAAAUGGGUACCAAUGACUGAACUUACUAAAUAUUAGGAUAAAUAUAAAGAAGACCUAUGCAAGGCAAUAUUUUUGGAAGAUGACGAAUUUAUAUUAAUCUAAGGAGGAAAAAAUUGUUAUAGCUCAUAUAAAUAUUCAUAUAACGACAGAAUUGUUAAACAAAAUUAUAAGAUUGAUUUUAAAGAUUAAUAUAAAUUCUUAGAUUCAUUACAUUAAUCAUUUGAAUUUAAACCAGAAGUAAACCUAUUAUUCACUCGAUACAAAGACUACAUUUAUAUAUUAAGAAAAUAGAAUAAUGGAUAAUAUAAAAUUGUUUUUACAAAACAAUACUAAACAAAUAUAAUGUAUGGAACUUUGUCUAAUAAUGGCUAAUAUUUAGUAAUGUUUGAUAAAACAUCAUCAUCAUAUAACAUUUAUGAACUAUAAGACUUUUGA